CAUCCGCCUCCCCCGUGGCGGGUACGAACGAGGGAGGAAAUACGUCGUUGCGGAUCGGGGAGGAACGCCGCGAGGGCGCGGGGAACGAAUGAAUGAAACGUGGAAACGUCCGUAAAGGGUCGCCGAGACGCCGCCACGCUACGGAGGAGAGCGUAGUCGCGGGUCAGACCGGCGGUCGCGCCGCGCCGACCGGAGGCAAUCGUCUCGCAGCCCUCGCAGGUGACGACGAGGUGGGAGAAAUCGCGCGCGCUCGUCGCAGCUGCUGAAAUCUGCUCGGCAUUCGCCAAACGUUCGUGCGUGUGCGAGACGACGACGACGACGGUGGCGGCAGAGUGCGGUGCGCGGCGUCGACGACCCGCUAGCGGACGAGGCGCGACACCUGCUCGGUGGGUAGGUAGGUGUGCAACCACCACGGUGACGCGCGUCCAACGUAAGAACCGACGGACGGACGGACGGACGUACGUACGUUCAUACAAUCAUACGUUCAUGCGUACGUGCGUGCGACAACAACAACAGCAGCAGCAACAGCAAGAGCAGAAGCGGCGACGGCCAUACUCAAACAAUAGGCGAGCGGAGUGCACGGAUACGAGAGAUGAGGUAGAUAGCGGAGGCUUUGGGAAACGGAUGAGAGGAAGCGAGAGAGGAGAGACGGGAGAUCUCCGUGAACCGCACGCAGAGCGGGCCGCGCGCGUGAAACUGCAAAACUAGUAGAGACAGAGAAGGAGAGAGCGAGAGAGAGAGAGAGAGAGAGAGAGAAGAAAGACGGAGGCGACAAACGGAGACGAGCUGAGCGGGCUGAGCUGAGCCGAGCCGAGCCGAGCGCCGAGUUGAGUUGAGUCGAGUUGAAUCGUGGUUGGCGCGAGUGUAACCGCGAUAUAUUGGUGCGCGAGGCAGCAGCGGCUGAGCGGCAGAACGGCGGUAACAGAGUAACGAGCGACGAGGAGGUUGAACGAAGGAGCGGCCCGGAACGGGCGGAAGUGUGGGUCGUGCGUGCCUCUGCGUGCGUGCGGUGCGUGCAGAGAGAAGGUUGGAAAAGGGAUAGCAGACAGCAGCGAUAGCGGCGGCGGCAGUAGUGGCGGCGGCGGCUGUGAUAAAGACGACAACGACGACGGAGGAGGCAGGGGCGGCAGUGACGGCGACGGCAACGGCAACGACAACGACGACGACGACGACGACGAACGGGGCACCGGUGGUCGAGCUUGGCGCGGGGGUCCAGUUGGUCGGCGGCGGGAUGAGCGCCAAGACGGACGUGAACAGGCGGGUGCUGGCGAUUCAGGCGAAGAAGAAGCGGCACAAGCCCAGCAAGCGCAAGGGCAAGGCCAAUUCCCAGGGAGACCAGGACGCGCAGAGCUCAGCCAAGGGGUCGCGUGCCAGCCAGGUAGCGGCUACCACGACGGCGACCACCGCGACCACCACUACCAACACCACCACCACCACCACCACCGCUAUCACCACUACCAUCACCACCUACGAACCUAUCUUCGUCUCGAACGCGCCCCGUGCCUAUUACAGCGACAACGGGACCAGAUUGGUACCAUGUCAUAGUUCCAGCAAUGAAACGAUAGAGGACGAUGAUGCGUUCAGUACCGAGGACGAGGAGCAGGAGGACAGCAGCGACUACUGUAAAGGCGGGUACCAUCCUGUGAAGAUAGGAGAUCUCUUUUUAAAUCGCUAUCACGUCACUCGUAAGCUCGGCUGGGGUCACUUUUCCACUGUGUGGCUGUGUUGGGACUUGCAGGAUAAACGUUUUGUGGCGCUUAAAAUAGUGAAAUCUGCAUCCCAUUUCACUGAGACUGCAUUGGAUGAAAUUAAAUUAUUAAAAGAUGUGCGCGACACGGAUCCCAGUGAUCCUAAGCGCAACAAGACCGUCCAGUUGCUCAAUGACUUCAAGAUCAGCGGCAUUAACGGCCUGCAUGUUUGCAUGGUAUUUGAAGUGCUUGGACAUAAUCUUCUCAAAUUGAUUAUCAAGUCGAACUACAGAGGAAUUCCGAGAAAUAAUGUUAAACGUGUCAUUAGACAAGUCCUUGAAGGUCUCGACUAUCUUCAUAAUAAAUGUAAAAUUAUUCAUACAGACAUUAAGCCCGAGAAUGUUCUUGUAUGUGUGGACGAGACUUAUAUACGAAAAUUAGCUUGUGAAGCAACAGAACUCCAUUCUAUGGGAGCGAAAUUGCCAGUGUCUCUGAUUUCUACCGCGCCAAAGGAGUUUCAAGAACCGAUACCCAACUCCAAAAUGUCCAAGAAUAAGAAGAAAAAAUUAAAGAAGAAAGCCAAGCGGCAAAACGAGCUCUUGAAGAAACAGAUGGAGCAGAUCGAGGAGUUAGAGGAACAAAGUAAACUCGCGAAUAGCACGAGAGAAAACGGGGAGAUUGAAACGAAUAGUCUGGAUCAGGAUCUCAAUACGGAAAGUAUAGAGGACAAUACGGAGAGCAAAGGUUCUCCAGACAUUUCGGAGCCAUCCGCACCUUCCUUACACAUGAAUGGAGUGGAUGGUUUAGCGGGCGGCGAAAAGAUACAGAAUCCGUCACCUGAACAAUCCGAAAAGAUGGACAACGUUACUCUAUGCGACGUGGAAAAAAGCUGCGGUGAAGGUGUCUUGUCACCUGAUCCCGAUGACACUGACGAAUGUAGCGAAGGUCGCAGGUCACUGAACCCACCGGAAAGUAAGCAAUUGAAACGGGCGUCUAUGUCUCCUUUGGAUCCUGCCAUAAUGGACUGCGAAAUAGAAGUAAAGAUAGCGGAUCUCGGAAACGCGUGUUGGGUUCAUAAGAAAUUCACGGACGAUAUUCAAACUCGUCAGUAUAGGUCGCUCGAGGUUUUGCUAGGUUCCGGAUACGACACCUCUGCCGAUAUAUGGUCCACCGCUUGCAUGGCAUUCGAAUUGGCGACUGGCGAUUACCUUUUUGAACCGCACAAUGGCAAAGACUACUGCAGAGAUGAAGAUCAUUUAGCCCAUAUUAUCGAGUUGCUGGGAGAAAUACCGAGACGUAUCGCUCUCUCAGGGAAGAAUUCGAGGAUAUAUUUCAAUAAGAAAGGUGAAUUAAAGCACAUUACCGGAUUGAAACCGUGGGGGCUGUACGAAGUGUUGACGGAAAAAUACGAGUGGACGCCGAGCGAAGCGCGCGAGUUCGCAGAGUUCCUAAUACCGAUGCUCGAGUUCAAUCCGAGUAUGCGAGCUACUGCAGCCGAGUGCCUGAAGCAUCCAUGGCUGCAAAUCAAAAAGUGAUCGCGUUUUUUAUUGUUUUAUCUGUAAUAUUCCCCUCAAUUUUCACUCCGGUCCUACCGCCCAAUUAUCGCAAAUCGAGAGUGUGAUAGGAAGCCGAAAACAUUUGUAAACAUCAGGUGUAUUUCCGUAUUAAAUAAUCAUAAUUAUUCAGCGACUCAAUUUGCGUACGAAGAGCAAGUGCAUCGUUUCAAGAGCAUGCAUACAACGUACAUACACAUACACAUACACGUACGUACACUAAAAAAACUGUUUGAUAUAAUACGAAUUACGGAAAUAAAUUGUAACAUAUGUUGUUAUAUUAAUCAUACGUACGCUACGAGCAUGUCUCCGCAUGGGAAAUGUUACGGAACUAAAAAAGUUUCGAAAAGAUUGUUAUAUAUCCUUUACAAAUGGUGAUUUGACAAUAUUGCGGAAGUCGCCUCAAGGAAAGUCGCCUCUCGAAUGCAGCGAGCGAAGUGUCGCAAAAUCCGGAAAUUAUUAGAGAAGAUCUUGCAACAUUCCGCUGAUUUCCACGUAAAAGAAAAAAACGGCCGCACGCGUGCUUCCUAACGCAACACUCUCAACAUCCAUCGGCUGACCAUUUGUAGUUGUAAACUUGUUAAAUCGUAUUUUUAAUUAGUGAUGAGAGAACUUAAAUUAAAAAAAUUUUUUUCAUAGUACUUUAUAUACAUUAUUUUACACACAUUCGUGUCGCAUUCUUCGUACUCGUCAUUUAAUUUAUCUACGAAUAUUCCAAGAGUCGUGGGAUCCACUCGUUAAUGUGCUGUGAAGGUACUGGCGGGCUCGGUAUCGUGUUUGGUUUAAAAUUAGGACUCAUUGCCUUGACUCAGUUAUCCGUGUGUACUUUUAUAUCACACACACCGAUCGCUGUAAAUUCUUGCCAACAAACUUGUCGUUGAAGUCGCAACGAGACAGAAAUGGCUACUUAAUUAAUAUUUUACGUCUACCUCAAUAUACGUGAGCCGGUUAGAAAUACUCAUCAAUGAGACGUGCACGUAACGAAGGACCGCAUUCAAAUAAGUGUAAAUUGAAAUAGAGUGGGAUCUGUACAUUGUAGAUAAUUAAGAGUCGGUCACUGGAUUCUUGGAAUAUAUAAUUUACGUGAGCGUAGAUUGGAAUAGGAUACUGUGCACGCAUAUUCAAGGGUUUCAUUUCUCUAAUUUAAAGUUUUAUAAGAAAGAGAAUGUUAUUUUUUGUUUUAUAUCGCUGUUGUCAAAAUAUUUAAAUUUUACUAUCAGGAAGCGGCGAUAAAAUUUCGCAUUUAUAGAUUUUAUUAAAAUAUUUCUAUAUACUUUUGUAGGAACAAUUAUACAUAUAAAUAUUAUAGUAUACAUAGCUAACAUAUCCAAUGUGUGAAAUAUGCAAUGUGAAAUUGUAUUGUGCACUUGAUCUUAUUCCAUCGCGCCCGACAAUACUGAUAUUGUAACGAACAUUUUUGUUUGUUAUAAACUUGUUUACGUCGCUAAUGCGAAUGCCUGUAUACAUAAUGUACAAUUACGAAGAGAAAGAGUAUCUAUAUUGCGAAUAAGGUCUCGGCAAACAUAAUGAGGGCAAUUGUGACGAUGUAAUGUUGAGUUUCACGCGAACUUAUUUAACUUCGUGAACACUGACUGACUACUGAGCUCUCUCUGUGCCGAUUAAUAAUUGUCUUCUAUUUUAUAAAACGUUUAACCGAAGCAGUGCGUUCCACUGGAUCGUUUACAUUCGCGCAUACUUCCUUGUGCACGAACUCAAUUCAUGCUUCCCGCAGAAUGUUCUGUUUCGCUUCGCCUGGCAAAUUGAAGUCAUUUCGCAAAAAGUCUCGAUCGAACUAUGUAUGGAGAUGCGUGCGUACGUGGAAUUAUAUAUUUCGUCAUGAUGUACAAACAUGUCUUAUCACUUAUUGCGGUUACAUUUCUUCCCGGGUAAAAGAGGAAAAUACUCUAGUAAAAAAUACACAUUUUAUGAUUCAUUUUUUAA